UCAGAACUCUUCAGAAUUACAUUAAACUAUCUACAAUAAUGUAUUACCAAAGUUCACUUGGAAUCGGUUACCGGACCAGCUCAUACAUAAGUUCCAACAACGCCAAGAAUAAAUAUGCGGUGAGCAGCGACGAGAGAGCAGAGGAUUGUUAUUACAUAUUCACAGAAGACUUUAAACAUGCUUUAGGAUGGAUGUUCGUACAAAAGUAUUUUAUGAAAAAUCAGAGAGCUGCAGUAAAAGAGGUGACAACUAUAACUAACUACAUAAUAAAUGCUGUCCGUAAACUGCUACAAGAUAAUAAGUGGCUCGGAGAAACAAGUAAAAGGAAAAGUUUAGAAAAGAUUCAACAACUUGUGAAAAUAAUUGGAUUCAAUGCAAAAACUAUGACUGCACAGAAUGUUAAUGAGUUUUUUCAAGGAAUGAGGAUCACAGCUAACAACUUUUUCCGGAAUAUAAUUCAAAUCAAGUCAAAAAGUUUGAAGCUGUCUUUAACAGAGUUACGUGAAAAGCCUAACCGAAAGGGAGAUGACGGAGAUGGUAUUUUUUCAGUGAAUGCCUGGUAUGACUCGGAAAUGAAUUCAAUCACUAUACCAGCAGGAAUACUAAGAAAUCCUUUUUUCAACAUACGUUCCCCUAUGUCAUUAAAUUUCGGUGGCCUUGGUACCAUACUGGGUCAUGAAUUGAUGCAUGCCUUUGAUAACGAUGGUACCUUAUACAACGCUCAGGGAGAAUAUUCGCCAUGGCUCACAACGAGUGCAAAAGCGUCUUUUGAAAGACUUUCUAAAGAGCUAAUUAACCAAUAUUCACACUUCAAAAUACCUGGUACCAGUCUACAUAUUAAUGGUCAACUGACGCUGGAUGAAAAUAUUGCUGACAACGGCGGUAUUCAUGUGGCCUACAACGCGUUUUUGAAAUGGAAGUCAUCACAAAAUGUUCACUAUAUGUUACCUGGUUUGCCACUUUCGUCUGAUCAACUAUUUUUCCUCACCUUUGCCCAGAAUUGGUGUGCCCAUUUUUCAACCAUUGCCCUGCGUAAUCAGCUGCGUCAUGAUCCUCAUGCACCGGACAUGGCAAGGGUGCUUUUAACAUUACGAAAUUCAAAGGAAUUUGCAGCUGCUUAUCGUUGUCAAUCUGGUUCGUAUAUGAAUCCUGCAAGGAAAUACCAAGUUUGGUAAAUCUUAUUGCAAUAUGAUAGAGAAUAACAGAUACAAUGAAUAUAAAAACGACAUAUGAGAGUGGAAAAUAAAUAAAUAAAAUAUAUAUGAAAAAGCGUA